AUGUGCGACUACGACGUUGAUCACGAGGUCAAGCUGGUGCAGUACCACAUGAAGCGACUGGGCAAGGACGCCGGUAACGGCACCUGGACCAUCACCUUCGGCGAGUUCUUCAACGACAAGGACGUCGAGCAGAUCUUCGAAUCGCUCGUCGGCUCGCUCAAGGCCGCCAAGAGGAGGGGCUGCAUCGAUUUCCCCGGCCAGCUCCUUCUGAUGCCCACCCACAAGGACGUCGUGCUCACUCUCAAGGUCCCUCUCCCCGACGGCGAGAUCCCCCACGACCCCAAGCCCGCCAAAUAG